GGGACCAGCAUCAUCUGCCCAACCUUGACAUCGGCUGAAGCAGUGCAAGAAGACAAUCCAGGACAGCAAGAAGCCUGAAACAUUUACGAUGCCUCACAAACACACCCGCCGCGAGAAGGACCUGUCGACCUUCGACCUUCCUCCAACUCAAAUUGCGAAGCCGCUCCCGCCCACGACUAUCUCCAAGAAGAAACAGCCUGUACAAAAGAAAAACACCGAUGGCAUCCAGAAGACUUCGUCCAAAAGGAAACGAGCACCUGAAACUCAGGAUGCGCCGCGCGCUUUCAAGCGUCUGAUGGCUUUUGCCGAAGGAAGGAAGCCGCGUUCCGGGCUCGACAAUGGCGCACCGCCACCCAGCAAGAAGGCCAAGAAAAAGGCAGCUGCCGCCGCCGCCGCCGCCGCUUCCAACGAGACACCCGCUCCCGAGAAAGAACCAGAAUCAAAGCCCGAACUCAAAAUUCGACCAGGCGAGAAGCUCUCCGAGUUCAGUCAGCGUGUAGACGCCGCGCUACCCAUCAGUGGUUUGGUGAACAACAAGGCCAAGAACGGUAAGGAUCCGCUCGGUCUCAAGAUCUGGCGAACGAGGAAGGAGAUGAAGAUGCACAAGCUUUACGAUGAAUGGAGGGUACAAGACGCCAAGAUCAAGGAGAAGAGAGAGGAAGAACUGGAAGAGCUGGAAGAGAAGGAGAUGGAGGAGGAGUCUAUGGGCGUCACUUGGAAGCUGAACAUGGAAGCGGGGAAGAAAAAGAAGAAGGGUAAAAAGGGCUCUAGAUACCUUGGCGAGUCUAAGGAGAAGGAGGAUGAUCCGUGGGAGGAAAUCAAGAAGAAGCGAGGCGAGGCCAAGGUCGGUCUCAACGAAGUGGCGGAUGCUCCUCCCGAGUUGAAGAUUCCUAGCAAGAAAUUGCUUGUCGGCGGAGCGACGGUCGAUGUCGAGGGAAUCCCCAAGGCUGCGGGAAGUCUACGGCAGCGUGAGGAGCUACAGAAGGUCCGUGAAGACGUGGUGGCACAAUACCGCAAGCUUAUGGCUGAGCGGAGACCUAAUACGCUCGUAUAGCUAGGCUGAGGCGGAUUGGGUAAUGGCUUGUAUUUCAAUGGAGUCCUGUAUGGCAGCACAAAAUGUUGGCAUGCAUCUGAUAAGGUUUACAAGGAGCGUAAUCAAAUUCUUUGCAGGGUAAUGCCAUAAUACGAAGGGAUAUUGACCAACCG